AUGGCUCUUAUCACCUCUCUCAAAUCUCUCACGCUCGACCUGCCGCCAAGCUGCAUAGCAUUCUGUCCCCGGCGACCUCAACUUUUCGUCGUGGGAACCUACCACCUGCAUCGGAAGGAGCAAGAAGGUGAUUUGUAUGCGGAGGAGACCCACGAGCGUCCCGAAAAUAAUGCAGCAAGACACGAAGAUUCCACUCCCGACGAAGACGAAGACGAAGAUGAUGACAAUCCCGCCCCCGAAAGCACUGCUCCUCAGAAACGCACGGGGAGUCUGAUCCUCUUCCACCUCGGCGACGAUAACAACAUCACACAUCUCACCACGACAUCCACGGACUUCGCGAUCCUCGACAUCCAGUGGACGCCCCAGCGACCUGAAACUUCGGAUGCAGAAGUCCUAGCGGUUGCGACGUCGACAGGGCUGCUGGCGUUCUAUCGGCUGGAUGCUGCAUGCGGCUCUUCGGAACAGCAUGUGAAGGAGGGUGGUGGUGGUGGGUUGGAGCUGGUCUCGGUCAAGACGAUAGCGGAGCCCUCGACGCUGGUGUUAUCGCUCGCGUGGCACCCUUCUCGCGCGAAUGUCGUUGGCGUGACGCUUUCCGAUGGGAGGGUGUGUCUCUGCGAGAGCGCUGCCACGAUCUGGAACGUUGGUGCAGAGUUGCGGGUUUCCGAUGUGCAUGCACACUCUCUGGAGGCUUGGACGCUGGCGUUUAAUCCGCACGAGCGACGGCAGAUCCUCUCGGGAGGCGAUGAUAUCGUGCUGCAGUGCUCCCACGUUCAGGAGGAAGAAGCAGACGGCCAUCAGCUCCUCUGGCAAGACCGCAAACUGCACGAAGCCGGCAUCACAGCCAUCCUGCCCCUUUCCGAGACGCUCGUCAUCACGGGCAGUUACGACGACCACAUUCGCCUUCUAUCCCUCCCCCACGUAGGCCGAAAACAAUGCCUCGCAGACCUGUAUCUGGGCGGCGGUGUAUGGAGGUUAAAAGCGCUUCCAUCCGCUGCACCCGCAUCUGCAUCUGCAUCGACAAGGUCCGUAUCUUCCUUUCCGCACUGCAUGCUUCCAGAACCGUCACACAACAUCUCCCUCAGCCACACUCACCCAACGCACACCUCUAUCACCCUCCUCGCGAGUUGCAUGCACGCUGGCACGCGCAUCGUAAAGCUGAUACGAGACGAGGAUGAGGACGUCUGGUCCUUUGAGGUCUUGGCUAGGUUUGAGGAGCAUCAGAGUAUGAAUUAUGGGAGUGAUGUUCAGCCUGGCGAGGACGGCAAGGAGAAGGAGAGGAGGAUUGUGAGCACGAGUUUCUAUGAUCGGUUGUUGUGUUUGUGGGAGUUUUGA